AUGAGCAGCAGCAGCGACAAAGAAAAACUACAAGCACCAUCAUCACAUCAAGAGCGAUCUGAAAGUAUCACGGCGGCUAGCAACAACACGUCAAUCGGGAUCGACUUACUCACCCCACACGUCGAUCCAUCCAACCCCUUUGCAUUCACCGCCACUCAGUUGUCCGCACUUGUGGAUCCCAAGAACUUACAUUUGUUAUCUCAAUACGGUGGUCUCGAUGGAGUAGCACGUGGCUUACAUGCACAUACGCAUAAUGGUCUUUGCCCAGAUGACACUAUCACCACUGCUGUUGCCAUGGAUACGGAUGCAACAAAACCAUUUCAAUCUUCCACAAACACAAACACCAUGGCAUGCCGUACCGUAGUCUUUGGUAACAACACUUUACCCGAGACAAAGUCUAAGAAUAUCUUUCAACUCAUGCUAUUGGCUUUUCGUGACAAGACAUUGAUCCUUUUAGCUAUUGCCUCGGUGGUAUCAUUAGCAGUUGGCAUUUAUGAAACGGUGGCGGUGCCCGAAUAUGAUUCACAAGGAAACCGAAUCCCCGGAGUUAAAUGGGUUGAAGGUGUAGCUAUCAUCGUUGCUAUCAUCAUUGUUGUUCUUGCUGGAAGUAUCAAUGACUUUCAAAAGGAUAAACAAUUCCGCAAAUUGAAUGCCAAAAAGGAAGAUCGACUUGUCAAGGCUACACGAAAUGGCUGCAUUGAAAUGAUUUCAAUUCACGACGUUCAGGUCGGUGACGUCUUGCACUUGGAACCUGGUGAAGUGGUGGCUGCCGAUGGUAUCUUUAUCGAAGGACACAAUGUCAAAUGCGACGAAUCGGCUGCAACGGGAGAAUCAGAUGCUGUACGCAAGCAGGAUUGGCGAUUGUGCGCUGAAUUGGCAGCCAAGCAACAACAAGAUCACCACACGUCGACACCCGAUCCCUUCCUUAUUUCCGGUUCCAAGGUUCUUGAAGGUGUUGGCACGUAUCUAGUCACCAGCAUUGGCGUCAAUUCAUACAAUGGACGUACCAUGAUGGCCCUACGCACUGAGGAUGAGAUGACACCCUUGCAAGUCAAGCUUAACGGCCUUGCUGAAAUGAUUGCAAAGUUGGGUUCUAUCGCUGCCGGAUUGAUGCUUGUGGCCUUGUUGAUUCGAUACUUUGUUGGUUUCCGAUAUGGCGUUCCCACCGAUAAGACUCAAAUCGUUGGCGACGUGAUGAGUAUCCUGAUCUUGGUUGUCACUGUCAUUGUGGUUGCUGUUCCUGAAGGAUUACCCUUGGCUGUAACAUUGGCUCUCGCUUACGCCACUCAACGUAUGCUCAAGGAUAACAACUUGGUCCGUGUGCUUGCAUCCUGUGAAACAAUGGGCAACGCUACCACGGUGUGUUCUGACAAGACUGGCACAUUGACACAAAACAAGAUGACCGUUGUGGCAGGCACAUUCAGCUCAUCCUUUUUCCGCUUCCGUCGUGGUGCAUCCAGUGAUACUGAAAGUGAACGUGGCGGCACGCAUGAUAUUGAUCAAAUCCCUCAAGCUGCUGAGCUCAUCCAUAUUCUCAACGAGGGUAUCGCUGUCAAUUCAACAGCAUUCCAAGGCAAAGAUGAAUCGGGUCAACCAGCUAUUGUGGGCAACAAGACCGAGACAGCCAUGCUCAACUUUGCAGCAGAGAUUGGCAGCAAAUCAUUCGAGAAUGUACGACAACAACAUCCGGUGGAACAAGUUUAUCCAUUCAGCUCUGAACGCAAGGCCAUGGCAACAGUCAUUUGUUUAUCACCUGGUGAAUUGUAUCGUAUGCAUGUCAAGGGUGCAUCAGAAAUCAUUGUCGGCUUAUGCUCAAGUAUCCUCACUAUGGAUGGCAAACGUCAAGAGAUGACCAAGGAUGAUCGCGCUCACAUUGAUCACAUGAUUCAAUCUUAUGCAAGCAAUAGUCUUCGUACAAUUGCAGUGGCGUAUCGUGAUUAUCAACACCAAUGGACUACCGCUGCUCAAGGAGAAGAAACACCAUAUGAGGAUCUUAUCGCCGACAAUGGAUUGACUUUGAUUGGUAUCAUUGGUAUUGAAGAUCCCUUACGUCCACGUGUCAAGGAAGCCGUCAAGACAUGUCAACAAGCUGGCGUUUUUGUACGUAUGGUGACUGGUGAUAAUGUCAUGACCGCCAAGAGUAUUGCAAAGCAAUGUGGCAUUUAUACAACGGGUGGUGUCGUUAUGGAAGGUCCCAUCUUCAGGAAUCUUUCACCCUAUGAGAUGGAUGCUGUUAUUCCCCGGCUACAAGUAUUGGCUCGUUCAAGUCCUGAAGAUAAACGUAUUCUGGUUGAGAGGCUCAAGUUGCUUGGUGAAACAGUGGCUGUUACGGGUGAUGGUACCAAUGAUGCUCCAGCAUUGAAGUUGGCAGAUGUGGGUUUCUCUAUGGGUGUUGCCGGUACUGAGGUGGCCAAGGAAGCAUCAUCAAUCAUUCUUAUGGACGACAACUUUGAGAGUAUUGUUAAAGCCAUCAUGUGGGGUCGCUGCGUCAAUGAUGCCGUACGAAAGUUUUUGCAAUUUCAAUUGACGGUCAACAUCACAGCUGUGAUCCUUACCUUUAUCUCGGGUGUUGCCAGUGAAAGCCAAAAAUCAGUGUUGACUGCUGUACAACUCUUAUGGGUCAAUCUCAUCAUGGAUACGCUCGCAGCUCUCGCCUUGGCAACCGAUCCACCGACAGAAGAACUUUUACAACGCAAUCCAACACCCAAAUCAGCACCUUUGAUUUCUCUCAAGAUGUGGAAAAUGAUCAUUGGCCAAGCAAUCUUCCAAGUGGUUGUCACCUUUGUACUCCUCUACGGUGGUAUCUUGGAUUACUCACCCGAAGAUCCAGCACUUCAAACCAUUGUCUUCAACACCUUUGUGUUUUGCCAGAUCUUUAAUGAAAUCAACUGCCGACGCAUUGACAGUAGCUUCAACAUCUUUACGAACAUCCAUCGCAACCAAUUCUUUAUCUUUGUAUUCUUCCUCUGCGUUUGUCUACAAGCCAUUAUCGUCAACUUUGGUGGCGUCGCUUUCCAAGUCACUCCCAUCGAUGGUCCAUCUUGGGCACUUUCUAUCGUCGUUGGCCUCUUUGCCAUUCCUGUUGGUGCACUCAUUCGACUGAUCCCAGAUAAGGCCUUUGGAUUUAUUUUCUUCAAGCCUGCUACUCGACAACGUUACCUUGGAGAAAGCUAUGUACCAUCAAGCCCUGUCAAUCCUUCAAUUUACUUGGCUGGCAACGACACUUAUGAUCGCGUGCAGGAUGGUGUCAUGGAAUUCAAAAAGGGUUCACGACGUGAAAGUGCUACUGCAUCCAUUGUUAUUCCAAGCAUCGUGGCUGCCUCACCAUCCACAGGAGCGGCUGUACUCGCAUCACCACCACCAGCAGUAACCAAAGAACAUUAA